UACACAUUUUAACAAUUUAGCAAAAAAUAUUUAGUAAUAGUUAUAAUUAAUUUAAUAUCUGUUUUAUUUUACAAAAAUUUAAUACAAUUAUUAAGUAAUAAGUAAUAUACAAUACAAAAAAAAAUUUUUUUAAACUUUUCAGAUUUUUCCAAAUAUUGUUACUAUUCCAAGUAUUGGUACGUGCGAUGCGUACCGUAUCACAAUACUGUUGCUCAAACUUUCAGAAGUUGGAAAAGUUCCUUAAUUGGUGAAAUUACGUGCAAUUAACGAAGCAACUUUACCUAAUGUGAAAUCUCUUCCUUGACGAAAUUAAAUAAACGUUGUUCUUUUUAAAAUGUUAAGAAGAUUUAGGAUCUUUACUUAGCAAUAUGUUGUACGUACUUAUAAAAACAUCUAGUUAUAAAUGUAAAUAAUUAACGCCCACACCUAAAUGAUUUAAAUGUUUGAACAACAGCUAUUAAUAUUUCAAUUAUUAAAUUUCAAUAUUAAUAUGUUAAAUUAAACUUGUAUAAAUCAAAAUCAAAUUAAAUCGUAAGUAGUAAUAUGAUAUAAUAAAUAAUUCUGAAGCAAUUUGAGCAGCCACCACAAUUUUAACUUCGAAACUAACUUGAGCAUGAAGAAUGAAGAUAUUCGAAUCUCUGCCGCGGUUUCCGAAGUAAUUUGCCAACCACGGAGAGGAAACGGGGGUCGGAGCUGAAUCAAGGGUAAAUUCGCCAUCUCAUUCAUGUAGAAACUUUAUUCAGAUUUAGUCAUCCUUCGUCGCAAAUUCUAGUCAUAAAUCGCGUGGUAUGAAGCGGAAAAACGAAGAAACAAAAGGUGAGAAGAAAAAGCGAGCGCGAGAACAUAUCCACAACACGACAAGGUCCGGAAGAAUUACCCGGCAGAAAGGAAGAAAUCGGGUUGCCGUAAAGAAAUAAGAGGAAGUUCGCGAUAAUAGAAAGGGUGAAAGGGCACGGAGGAGAGUAACGGAAACGAAAGAAAAAUGAUUAAAAAAACAUGACAGAAGGACGAGAUAUGGGAAGGGAGAUACUGGGUGGCAAAUUUUAGCGCUUCUCUCUCUCUCUCUCUCUCUCUCUCUCUCUGUCUCGCUUCCAUGCCGCUCAUCUCCUUUUAUCUCUCACCACGCAGCCUCCGUAGCUUCCUUUUCAGUAUGAUUCGCGCGGUCCGAGCGCGAGCAUCGUGUACCCCGGACUGUUACUUCGUUAUCGUGUUACUUUUUUCGUUACUAUGUGAAAAAGAUUGAAUUUAGUGAAAAAAAUCAAACUUGAAUUCAAUUUACAAUAAACAUUCUUCAAUGAAAUAUUUUUAAUGAAUAUAGCGACAAACAAUCACUACAAAAGACAUUACUUGCUUUGAGGAGUUUAAAUGAUUUUUUCACACAAUAUAUAUAUAGUAAUCUUAAAAAAUAUUUAUCUGCGCCAUAAAUAUGUAAAAAUUCCAUAUUCGUCAGAAAGUUUGUAAUCAAAAAGUUAAAAUAAAAAUAUUUUGCGCAUAUAUCUGACACCAAAGAAAAUUUAUCUUAUGACUCAUCUGACCUUCGACAGCUUUUCUACUUGACGUUUUUGGCGGAAAUUGUUUCGCUCAGAAAAUCUGCGAGAGAUAACUUCAUAAAUGUGGGACUUCUUUGUAAACUGCCAACAUUUAAUGAAUCAUAGUUUAUCAAAGGAAAAAAAACUUUCAGGAAAGAGAUGGGAAUAACAGAUAGUGGACAAGUGAAUAAACAUUUAUCUCUCUCGCCUCUUGUGAGUGUCGGCAGAUUCGAAGAAAGAGAACAAUCUCAAUUCGAUAUGAAACGUGAGUGAAAAUUUCGCGAAGAAAGUGAGAAGUAUCUCAGUGAGAAGUGACCGUGGGUCAGACAAUGAACAAACUGUACCGACGACGAAACGAGAGCAUCAAUGGAGCCGAGACGCGAACAGCAGAAAUUGGAAAAAUUAUCUUCGAGAAUUACUUCGCGUCGACGUAAGGACCUCACGUAAAUGUGUUAUCGAUCGUGACUGGAGGUACUAAUCCUGAGGACUCCAUCGAGGCUCGUCAUGCUGGUCCCGGAGGGCAAUUUGACAUCUUGGGCCAGUAACUGGACGACGCUGCUGCACCAGGUGUCCUGCAACGACACUCUAUUGGGCUGUGUCGAGAAGUGCAACAUCGUUUCCGACGGAUUCGAUCACCUUUGCACCGCGAUCGAGAAAGGAACUUUCACCGCUUCCUCGAUGACGCUUUUUUGUACACCUUGCGAUUAUGCGAGUUGUAACGUUAACGUAUCCUUGCUUCUCAACGGCCUCGAGAGUAUCGAGGGUGUCUUCCUAUCAAGGAUACCGAUAAGGAACUGCAAUGUCACAUCAAUCGAGGAGGAAAUUUUGGAAUGUUCGCCGACCGAGAGCAUAGCCGAGGAUUUGGCUGUGUCCUGCUCGCACCGAUCCAGGAUCGGCGGCGCGGGAACGAUAAAGACACGUCGCUUCGACUGGAGCUUCCUAUUCGUAGCAGUGUUCAUAGUCGCCGGCGGAUUAGGAAACAUAUUGGUUUGUCUGGCGGUGGGACUCGAUAGAAAACUCCACAAUGUGACAAACUAUUUCCUGCUGUCGUUGGCUGUAGCCGAUCUCCUUGUCAGCCUCUUCGUCAUGCCUCUGGGUGCCAUACCUGGCUUCCUGGGGUAUUGGCCGUUCGGCGUGGUGUGGUGCAACGUAUACGUGACAUGCGACGUGCUCGCGUGUUCGGCGAGCAUAAUGCACAUGUGCUUCAUCUCUCUGGGCCGUUAUCUGGGUAUCCGUAAUCCGCUCAGGACACGUCACACAUCCACGAAACGAAUGGUGGGCUUCAAGAUCGCCGCGGUCUGGCUACUGGCCAUGCUAGUCUCCAGUUCCAUCACGGUGUUAGGAGUAAUUAAUCCCUCAAACAUCAUGCCGCGGCCGGGAGAAUGCGUCAUCAAUAACCGAGCGUUCUUCGUGUUUGGCUCGCUGAUCGCCUUCUACAUCCCUAUGAUCGUCAUGGUGGCGACUUACGUUCUAACGGUGCAAUUAUUGCGCAAAAAAGCCCGAUUCGCGGCCGAAAAUCCCGAGGGCGAUCAAUUUCGUCGGCUAGGCGGCAGAUACGCGUCCGCAAAAACGACAUCAUCGACAGCGUCAUCGUCUAGUACGUCUACGGCCGUCGCAAGUACCGCCGUGCGAUCGUCAACUUCAUCGACAAGACAGGUUCGCACUUCCGGUUGCAGUGCGGAAAGCGACAAAUGCGGAGGUGUGAGAAAGGUCCUGCCGCAUUUGAAGUUAGCAGUAAACGGCGCCGGAAGUCCCGCCGCAGGACCUCGGCUCAAGUCGAAAGUGGAUCAGGCGACCCAAACGCCGGAGAACAUCGCACGCGAAACACGGAAUUUCACCCUCAGGGCCUUGAAACUGCAAUUGAACGUCACGCCAACCACACUGAAUCUCAGAUUUCUGGCUGGCCGAACGAAAAAGCGAUCCUUGGCCGCGAAUGCGGUCGCGACCGAGCAGAAAGCUAGCAAAGUCCUGGGACUGGUGUUUUUCACGUUCGUGCUGUGCUGGGCGCCAUUCUUCCUACUUAACAUUUUCUUCGCAGCGUGUCCCAAGUGUCCCGUACCGAGGCACGUGGUAGAUACGUUUCUCUGGCUGGGUUACGUGUCCUCGACAAUCAAUCCGAUCAUCUAUACCAUUUUCAACAGAACCUUCCGAGCUGCAUUCAUUCGUUUACUGAAAUGCAAUUGUUCAAGGUCUACUAGGCCCUCGAGAUAUCGCUCGGUCACGGAAGGUGGAAGGGGGGCAAUGGGUCUGUGCACAUCGGGUGCUCUUCCACUGGCCAUCAGUCUUCAAGGUACACCUUUGCUAACCCCAACACCAAACCCUGCAUCGACCCCGGCGUCAGGAAGCUCGUUUGUCACGAUGAUGCACCGAACGCCAAGUUCGCUGUACCAAGACACCUUCUUGAUUCACGAACGCGAUCAGGAAAUCGACGAUCGUUAAAUCUUCAUCGAUAACUCAAGAGAUCACACUGCACAACAUGAUUUUUACCCUCUUGGCAGAAACAGACAAAUUUUAAUUGAAAAAUCAAUGUACAUAGAAUGUAAAUAAAGUUUGUUCUGUAACUAUAAUAUUGUUUGUUACUUAUAAACUAUGCGCGAUAAUUCGGUUCGCAGAAAUUCUAAUUCUGCUUUCAUAAGUCGACUACAGUUACCUAAUUAAUUAAGUUUUCUGACUAAUUAAUAUCAAUCAAGAAGACAGAAGAAAGCUUUAAGUUUGUUGUGCAGUGUUCGAUCAAAGAGACCUAUAAUUUUCUGUUGGCGAAUUCUGAAAGUUGCUUAAUGAUUGUCUAUUGUAGAAAUCGAAGGUAUAUGUACGAAACGAAAUAAAAUAUAUUUUAGCGCGAG